UCGUACCAGAAACUAACGCAAGCUGGACGUUGGAGGGAGAUUUGAGGGGCGCGUGUGAAACCGACGACUUUGCAGUUUGAUUAAUAUUUUUUGAUUAAAUUGACCUCUGGCAUCAUGGAAACAGACAAAGACAUAAAGUGUAAACCGAGAGGUUUCCAUUGCACUUUGUGUAACGUCCACAUACCAAACAUGCCAAGCUUGGAUCAACAUCUUAAAGGAAAGAGACACAAUAUGAUUAGCAGUGCGCGAAGUACAAGGAAGACUCAGGGGGAGUGCAGUGUGUAUGUCAGUGGCAUCAAGCCUGAAAUCUCUCAGACUGACAUAGCUGCAUACUUUGAGCAGUUUGGGCCACUCUCAGAUAUCAUCAUGGAUAAAGACAACGGUUUUUUUGCCAUCGUGCAGUUCAGUGAGGCUAACAGCGUCGAGGCGACUCUGUCCUGUGUUGAGCAUCAGUUGAAAGGUUUGAAGCUGCGGGUCAAACCUCGGGAAAAGAAGGAUUUCAAGUUGACGCCGGACAAGAAGACAAAUGACCCCCAACACAUUUUUGACCGUCUAAAACCUAACCUGUGUCAGCAGGCGUCCGUGGAUGCACAGAUGCAGCACGUUGUGCAGCAAUUUCAGCUGGGAGAAAAUGAAAAGAAGGCUCGAGGCCUGGUGGUACAACUCCUGCAGGAGGUUUUCAUAGAGUUCUUUCCAGACAGCCAGAUUCUGCCAUUUGGUUCAUCUGUGAAUACUUUCGGCAUCCACAACUGUGACCUGGACCUGUUGCUGGACAUUGAAAACACCAAAGUGUUCCAGGCCCGUGCCAAGUCCACCACAGAACAAGCAGGGGAGGGCAUGUCAGACGACGGCCACUCCGAGGACUCCAUCCUCUCUGAUAUCGACCUCUCCUCUGCGUCUGCCGCAGAGGUCCUGGAUCUUGUGGCUGCGAUCCUAAAACGCUGCGUCCCCAGUGUUUACAAAGUCCAUGUGGUCAGGAGCGCUCGUCUCCCUGUGGUCAAGUUCCAUCACCGCAAGCUGAACCUGCAGGGAGACAUCUCGGUCAACAACAGACUGGCAGUAAGGAACACCUGCUUCCUCCAGCUGUGCACAGGGACGGAGGACAGGCUGAGGCCUCUAAUGUACACCAUCAGAUACUGGGCCAAGCAGAAGUGGCUGGCCGGUAAUCCUGGCGGUGCUGGUCCCCGUCUCAAUAACUACGCUCUGACACUGCUGGUCAUCUUCUACCUGCAAAACUGUGAGCCUGCUGUCCUCCCCACUGUGGACCAGCUCAAAGACAUGGCCUGUGAGGAGGAAGAGUGUAUGAUUGAGGGAUGGAACUGCACCUUCCCUAGUCAGCCUAUUGCUGUGCCCCCCAGCAAAAACACACAGGACCUCUGCUCUCUACUGGCUGGUUUCUUCUCCUUCUAUGCUAAGUUUGAUUUUGCCAGUAGCAUCAUAUCUGUCAGGGAGGGGCGUGCACUCCCAAUCACAGAUUUCCUCAGCCAGAAUAAAGAGGAGGAGGUGAUGCAAGAGGAACAACCCCCCAAGACUCAACAUCACAGUCCUAAACUGGGACCCCUAAAUCUCUUAGACCCCUUUGAACUCACCCACAACGUGGCUGGAAACCUGAAUCAACGCUCCCAGCGCAACUUCCAGAGGGAAUGCCAGGAGGCAGACAAGUACUGCCACUGCCUUCAGUACCAGCACAAAUCCACCAAGGGCAAGCCCUGGGGUCUGGUGCGUUUAUUCACCCCCCAUGGGAAUGUCCCUCAUUCCAAGACGCAUCAGCCGACCAUCAGCAUCCCCUUCAAUUCAGUGUCUCUCCCUGAAGAGCUUCGCAGUCAGCUGCACAUGGCAGGAGACGGUUUCCAGCUGCUAUGGUUUCAGAAGGUUUGCUCUGCGGUGGAGGAAGUCUUUCAAACUGUUCUCAAAUGUCACCUCACUCGCACAGACUCUGUGCAUGGCGAGGAUUCAGCUGUUGUUGGUGCUGCUGAGGAAAUGGAAACUUCCACAGCUUCCCUGAACACAUCGAUAAACAGCUGUGACAGCACAGAGUCAUCUGUGAGUACGUCUAUGGCCGGUGUCAAGAGGUCGCUGUCCUCUGACAGUGACCCUUCUGUGUCACCUCAAGGCAAAAAACUACGACUGGGGAAGAGGGGCAGGCCUGAGCUCCCCCCCUGGACCUGUGUGUUGAAGCACAUAGUGUGGCUCGGCAGGAGGAAGGUGAGAUGGGAGCUGAACAAGGACACAGAGACGAGGCCUGAGGGCAGCUGCUUGCAGGUGGAGUCACAGGUCACAGCUCACAUCAUUGAAAAAGAGCCCGAGCUCAAGGAGGCCCUGGAGUUCAAGAUUCAGCCACAGGUGGUGGGCGGGACAGAGAGCACAAAGGCUGUGCUUAAGUUUGAGCCUACAAGUGACAAGACGGGAGUUUUUCAGGACUUCUUUCACUUCCUGGAAGCUUUCUUACCAAAGAUGGUAGAGACACUGCUGGAGAUACAAACAGGCAGUGCUUAAAGAUGGACAUAUUUUAGAUAUGUCUCCUUACAAAUCCAAAUACAUUUAGGUUAUCUUUGUUUUGUAUUAAAAUUAUUACUAUUUGUUUUAAAUAACAUGAAGUAACAUUUUUCUUUAAUACCAGGCACUGUAUAUUUAUAAAUAUAGGCUUUUUCAGUCCAUACAGUUUGUAAUAAUUCAUGUGUACUGUAUAUUUUUGUUUGACUUUGUUUCAUAUAUGUUGUUCCUUUAAUAGCCUCCUGAUCUGUUUGAGAAGCUGCCUGGGUUUAAUACUUUCUGUUAAAAAAAUAAAAAAAAGGCUCCACUUUAUUGAAUCUCUAAAUGGAAAUUCGGUGGCAGAUAUGUCAUCAGCCAAAGAAUAAAAAUAUUCUUUUACAACA